AUGGGUGUCUUCAAUGAAGAAUUUGAUAUUCUAUUACAAGAUAAUAUUUUUACAAAUACUCUCAAUCUGAUUUCAAGAUCAUCGAUUGGUGAUAAUAAUAUUUCUUCAAUUGAUGAUCGAAUAUUUGAUCGUUUUUGCAUUGAUAUAUUACCAAAAAUUCAUCAUAAUGUCAAACAUCUUAUUAUUGAAUCAAUGUUUAUGGGACGUAUACUUCUUGCUGGCAACUAUCCAAAUUUAACAUCUCUCAGAUUGUUUAAUUUCGGACAACAUAUCGCUUUAAAUUAUUUUACAGAUGAAUCAAUCUUUCAACAUAUUUUCAAAUAUCAAAUAACAGAACUUAUUCUUGAAAAUAAUAAUAAUAAUAAUAACUGUAAUAGUAUAGAGGAAAGAAUAUUAUCAAAAGAAUAUAUUGAAAAUGUCUAUGUAUCUAUAUUGACUUUAUUCAAAAAUCUUAAGUAUUUAAGUAUUGUUGGAUCAUCCAUGAUUAAUCAUCCAUCAUUGUCAAUAUGUCAUUUACCAUCAACUACUUUUAUCUCUUCGAUCCUUACAAAAUUAUGUAUUAAUGUAACCAGUUUAGAUGAUUGUCUUUAUUUACUUGAUGGUCGUCUUAAACAAUUAACUAUAUUCAUUGUUCAAAUAGAUUAUAUUGACAAUAAUUCAUCGACAAUUCAUAAUACCAAUGAUCUAUCAAAUUUGAAAUAUUUCUCAUUAACAUGUUAUGAUCUAACUAAUGAAUAUGAUAAUCGAGUGAUACCUUUACUUCGUCGUAUGAUAUAUGUGGAAAUAUUAACUUUAUAUGUUCGUCUUGAAGAUCGAUCAACAUUUGUUGAUGGUACUUAUCUACAUAAGGAAAUUCUUAUGCAAAUGUCACAACUUCAUACAUUUUAG